UAAGAAACAUGGGUAGAAUAUCAGGAAGCUGCAACAUGAACACAACUCAGACUGAAGUUAGACUGGAGUGAACUAAAGCAAACCGUGGUCAUGGACAAACCAGUGUGCUUGAUUGACACGGCGUCCGAUGGGAAGCUGUGUGUGCAGGGGUCAGCGUUGCAGGUUCUGGAGCAGAUCCAGCAGCCCGUGGUGGUGGUGGCUGUGGUGGGUCUCUAUCGCACCGGGAAGUCCUACCUGAUGAAUCGACUGGCCGGGAAGCAAACAGGGUUUGCACUGGGCAGCACAAUCGAGUCCAAGACGAAGGGCAUCUGGAUGUGGUGCGUGCCUCACCCCACUAAAGCAAAAACCACUCUGGUGCUGCUGGACACCGAGGGACUCGGAGACGUGGACAAGGGCGACUCAAAGCAUGACACCAGGAUCUUCUCUCUGGCUGUCCUUCUGAGCAGCACUCUAGUCCUGAACAGUCGAGGAACUAUUGACAACAGGGCUAUAGAGGAACUGCAGUAUCCUUCUGAUCAGAACUUAUAUUUCAUUUUCAGUAACUCGAGUCAAGUGAACAAUUACAACCUUCCAAGAGAGUGCAUUCGCAAAUACUUCCCAUCUCGGAAAUGUUUCACCUUCCCGUUCCCAACCAAUCCAGACAAUGUCUCUUAUCUGGAGACACUGGACCCAGCUGAGAUUUCAAAACGAUUCUUGGAGGUCACGGGUCGUUUCUGCCAGUUUAUCUUUGACCAGAGCCAAGUGAAAAAUCUGAAAGAUGGACACACGGUCACCGGCAGAGUUCUGGGUCAUCUAGUAAAAACAUUCGUAGACACCAUCGCCAGUGGAGCUGUGCCGUGUCUGGAGAACGCUGUGAUCUCAAUGGCACUGAUUGAGAAUGAGGCUGCUUUUCAGGAGGGGCUUGAGGUGUACCAGAGUGGAAUGGAGAAGCUGAAGAAGUCCUUCCCUCUGGAACUGAACGAAAUCACCUCAGAACACCAAUGCUUCAGUCUCAUGGCAACACAGACCUUCAUGAAACGCUCCUUCAGGGACAGUGAUGGGAAGCACUUGACAUCUUUAGAGGAAGCCAUCAAUCAUCAGUUUGACAGCUAUCUCUGGGACAAUGAGAAGGCCUCCGAGGCAAAAUGUGAAAGUCUUCUGUCAGUUCUCUCUGAACCAAUGACCGAGCGGAUCAAUCAAGGAUUUUAUGCCACAGCUGGUGGGUACGAUCUCUUCUGCCAGGACCUGGAGGACAUUGUGAAUCAGUACAAUACACUGGCCUAUCAAGAAGUCAAGGUUGCCGAGGUGUUGGAGAAAUUUCUACAGCAGAAGGUUGCAGUCACCACCGCCAUUCUGCAGGCUGAUGAUAAACUAACCGAAAAUGAAAGAAGGAUUUGCGAGGAGAGAGAGCGGGCAGUCCUUCUGGAACAGGAGAUGAAGGCUCAGGAACAGAGGCAGCAUCAGCUGGAGGAGAAGAUGGUGAUUGAAGAACAGAAUAACGAGGAGAGGGUGAGACAGGUCAUACAGAAGAUGGAAGAGGAGAUGUUCGUCCAGCAGCAGGAGACAAAGCACGCCAUGGACAGUAAGCUGAGGGAACAGGCUGCCCUGAUGGAGAAGGGCUUUCAGGAGAACGCUAACAAAAUGGCCAGCGAGAUAGAGCAGUUGAGGAGGAGGAAUAAAGAGGUAGAGGACAGCAAGUCCAGAGAGCUCGCAAAGAUGAUAGCGGAUCAGGAGCGAAGAACAAUAUCCAGCGAUAUCUCUUGCCCUGUCGUUUUGCCGUUUGGACUCUGUUUGCCCAUGCCUGGACCUUUUCCUGUGUUCCUGGAUUUAUCCCUCUAG